AUGGACUUAUUGUCUGAUGCAGGGUUUGCGCUUGCCCUGGUAACCGUCCUCAAGAGCAAGCCAGACGAGUGCCUAUGUGUUAUAGGAUUGGACUGCUCGUCCUUUGUGACAAUCAACGCUGGAACGCAUUGCCGCACACCAAUCACGCCACUUGGUGAUGAGUCUGUGGCGCAUGUGCGCCGCGGAAACCGGCUUGCAUCUCGGUGCUGCCUCUUGAUCUUGGUCAUGACGUCCAUGAACCUGGCAUGGCUGAUUGAGCAGCCGCGAAGCUCGAUGCUUCCCUGGCACCCAAGGAUAAGGUGGCUGUUUUCUCGCUUACCAAAAGUGCAUUACUUAGUUGCACACACACUUCAAGGUGCAGCAAAGGCUUCUAAAGCACCUACCAAAGCUGAACCAGUUUCCCCAGAUGACUCAGGUGCUCCAGUUGCGCCAAAGGAAGUUAGGAUGCCCAAGGCAAGCGUCAAAUCAGCUGCAAAGGCAAAGGGGAAGGCGCCCAAAAAGAAUAACCAGGAGGAUGAGGAGGUUGAACCCCGGCCUUCUAGCUCCCAGAAGAAAAAGGCAUCCGCAAACAAGGAAGUGACAAUCGAGGAGUUGCAGGUCUCGCCAUCCAUUUACAUGUUGAUGCAGGCCAACAAGGAAAUGCAAGAACAGAUGAAGAUGCUGAUGGCCAUGGUCCGGGAUAAGCCCAACAAAGAUGAAUUGAAAACGCCACCUCCCAAGCGGAAGGCUGUCUCUACACCAGAGCCUGCCAGUGAUGCCAGCGGCACCGAAGACCUCAGCGAGCAGGACGAUGAUGCACCUACAGAGCAGGCGAAGCGCCACCGACUCAGGCGGCUAUGCGAACGUAAACCAUCGGGGAAAAUUCAGGUGCCUCAAGAAAUACAUGAACAAUGGGCGGCUGGAGGUCAAGGGCGGGAGGACUUGAUGCAAAUGCUAGAGGAAGCUGAAUUCAACAAAGCUUGCUUUGUGAACCGCGUCAUCAAGUCCAAGGAGCGCACCAAUCGCAAAUCUGCGAAAUCCAAGCGCGGAUGGUUUACAAAGGAGGCAAUGGUGAAGAAUUUGGGUUGGAGCUCGUCGUACGCUGCCAACGCCAUCAAGUAUUGCGAGAAAAAGAACUUGGUCAAGAAGGAUCGCUACAACAACAAGCUGAAGAAGUACUAUGUCGAGUACGAAGAGGGCGACGAGCAUGUGGACGAAGAGGAGGAGAAGGCUGGCCGCAAGGUGAAGUUUAACACCCUGGGCAAGAAGAAGUCUCGCUUGGUCCCCGACAUCCAGCCUGAGUCCAGCGACGAUGCCAACGAGGACGACAAGGAGGCUGACGAUGUGAAGUCCAUCCGCGCCUUGGAGGAGGCUGUCGAGAUCCUGGAGAAGGAGUACGAAGUGGUAGAAGAGGUCCGGGCGGAGACCUCCGAUUUGCAGGCCCCAGCCAACCACGUGGUGGCGUUGGCGAAAGCGGAGGUGGACAAUAAUCUGGGCGCGUGCCCUGCUAUGCGUGCUUUGGCAAGGCUUCGGGAACGUGAUGCUGAGAAUGGCGUACAUGAAGUGCUAGCAAGAUUUGGGCUUGCUGCCCCCAUUCCCCUGGACCAUGUCGAUCUAGGCCCAGGGGCCCUGCGCAAUUUUCCCUACAUGAAGCUGAGCAAUUGGGUGAAGUUUCUCUUGGACUCUGGUAGGUUAAGGCAGCUUUGUGGUAUCCCUGAUGUGGAGCACAUGAAGGCUGUCCUGACAGAGUUCUGGAGCCGUUUUCGCCAAAUGGAUGAAACACACCAAGUCUUCCAGCUUGCUUCGGAGAACGUCCUCCACCGUACACCAUUGCGAAGAAACCAAAUGGGCCUGAACUUUGUGGGCCAGACCUGGAGCACCCAGUUUACAUUUUGCACCUUGCUACGUGCUGUUGCCAGUCAAUACCCGGACUCGCUUGACACCUUAACAGCUCUCUAUGCCGAGGACUUGGAAAGAUUGGCCCAUGAGGGAGUUGUAUCAACAGAUGGCGCUCUGCGAGUUUGGUGCGUGCACAUUGGUGUGAAGGGCGACCUGCCAGCCCUAACUAAAUUAGGGGGAUUCAAGAGGUCCUUCUCCCAUGUGGCCAAGGCACCUUCCUCAAAGAAACCCAGCCAGGGUGUCUGCCCAUAUUGCCUCGCGGGCGUGGAGGGCGACAACAACGCAUCGCAUCAGCCGUGGGAGGAUUUUUCCAGUCAGCCAAAAUGGGCACGAACGAUGCAGAGGGGUGUUCCAUGGGACCACCCACCUUCAAUCAUGAAAGGGGCUUUGGUUUCUCCUGGGAAAGAGUCUUCAUUUUUCAAAUUGGACAUUUGGCACAACUUCCACUUGGGAGUGUCCAAGCACUGGCUCGGUUCAUCCCUGAUUGCAAUCAUGGAAUCUGCUGACCUGCCAUUUGAACAUGGCACGCGCUCUGUGGAAGCAAAGCUGGAGUGGAUGACCCGGGACUAUUUGAAGUUCUGCGGGGACAAACGUAUCUCACCCUUUGUGACAGAACUGUCUCGUGAGUCACUGGGCUUUCCAACCGGCUCAGCCUCCCCAAUUGGGCAUUGGAACAAGGGCGCAGCAUCCACCCACAUCAUGCUCUACCUCGAGAACAUUUGUGAACGUUUCAUAAAGGGGAAAACUGAAGAGCCGACCCUUUGUGCGAUUGAACUGGGCACGCGGAUGAUGAACACAGUCAUUGCAUACCUCUACACUCAGGGCUUCUGGCUUCAAAGUGCAAAGGGGGUCCGGGUGAGCGCUAUGAUCAUGGUCUUCCUGCAGUGCUACGCGAAGUGUGCUAGCCUUGCGUUCGAAAGACGGCGGAAUAGAUUCGCCUUGGUCCCCAAGUUGCACUACUUGCACCACUGUGCUUUUCGCUUGGCGGUGGAAGCCCAUCACCCGUGGGCAGUCAACCCUUUAGGGGAGUCUGUGCAAAUGCAGGAAGACUUUAUAGGGCGACCGUGUCGGGUGUCACGAAGAAUCAACAUCCGGCAGCUCCACAUGCGAGUUGCUCAGAGAUCUUUGAUCUGCUCCAUGCAAGCGCUGGAAGCAUCAGAUCAGGAUCUUAGGGGCUUGCACCCAUGA